AUGAAGUUCUUCCAGAUCACCGCUGUCGCUGCCCUCGUCGCCUCGGCUGCUGCCCAGGGCCUGAGCGAUCUCCCAUCUUGCGCCAAAAGCUGCGCCCUGGAUGCCCUUCCCAAGGCCUGCGGCCUUGACAUUGGCUGCAUCUGCAAGACCAAGUCGUUCAUCAACAACAUGGCCUGCUGCGUGGAACCGGCGUGCUCCAAGGCUGACCAACAGAAAACCCUCGAGGCCGCCAAGAAGAUCUGUGAGACGGGCGGCGUGACCGACAUCCCCGACACCGUCGUCUGCGACAAGGGCUCGACUGGCUCGACCACAACCACUACCGCCACGGGCUCUGAGGCCACCGGCAACUCGACCACGGCGCAGACCACUGCCUCGUCGGCCUCGUCGGCCUCGGGAUCCAGCACGGCGUCUGGUACUAGCUCGUCCUCGUCUUCGUCCUCGGCCGCGGCCGCGGCCACCUCCAACGUCGCUAUGCUCGGCCAGAACAAGGAUGGCUCCUUGAUGGCCGCGGCGGGUGCUGCUGCCGCGUUCGCCAUCCUGGUUUAG